AUGACGGGCAAACAACACGACAUGGCAAGGUACAAGGAGCAUAACCGCAUGGCAGUUGCAGAUAAUUCUCAACCGAUCUUCACGAGGGCGGAGGACUCUAAAGAACCAGUUCAGGACGUCAUACUGUCCGGAUCAUUCGUCAAAUCUGGGCUUAUCUUCAAGACAGACCCUAAUAAGAGGGAGGUGUUCGUUGUAGAUCAUGUCCGGCUGCUGCAUAAGAAUGGAGAAUUUGGAUACUGGGCAUGUCUGAGCCACUGUUGGGGUGGCGAGCAGCCUCUACAGACCACACGAGACUCUCUGACACGACAUCAGAACGUCAUUUAUUGGAGGGAUCUGCCAAGGACUUUUCAAGACGCUGUCUUCGUCACUAGGGCGUUUGGAAUCCCGUAUCUGUGGAUAGACUCGUUGUGUAUUGUCCAAGAUGACCUUGACGACUGGCAAGUCCAAUCUGCUAAGAUGGCGGACAUAUACCAGUACUCUAUCCUGACCAUUGCUGCCUCAGCAUCAUCAGGUCCUAGUCAAGGUAUCUUUCGCAAUGCAGGUCCAGAGUACAUGGACAAGCCCAUCGUCGAUGUACUAGGCGACACAACACUCACGAAGGUCCGUAUCCGCAAGGCUCUUUCCCACAGUGCUGCUGAAUUACCGCUUCUCGGUCGGGGCUGGGUGCAUCAAGAAAGGCUUCUGAGUCCGCGCAUCCUUCACUUCGGGCAUAACGAGAUGAUUUGGGAGUGCAUGGAAUGUUUGGCAUGCGAAUGUGGGCAUCAUGAGGGUCGAUACAACGCACGCUCGCCAUCGCUUCUAUGGCCAACCUCGAAAGAAAUGUUUCAUCCAUACUUUUUAAAGCCCGCCAACUUGUGGAUCCACAUGAGCCCUCCGGUGUGGCAACGUGCUGUGGAGGACUAUUCACGCAUGGCAUUGUCGAAACCUGAAGACAUCUUCCCAGCGAUCUCCGGACUUGCAAAGAUUCUGCAGAACGAGACGGGAUGGGAGUACGUCGCCGGUCUCUGGAAGGAAACUUUGAUCGUUGAUCUGGUGCGCUCCUUGGCGGGCGCCAACCUUUUCCUGGGCUUCCGUGCAAAGUAG